GCUCUCAGUUGUUACAGUUAAAGCUGCCCCCCAGGGAGGAUUAUUUCUAGUUGACAAACACAGUAGCAGUGAAAUACAGUAAAGCAACAACUGCUAUAUCACGAUAGGUUGACAUACUAAGAUUGGAUUUUGUUUGUCAUUUGAUCAACUUUUGUUGUAAUUGACAAUGAGCAGCUGCAACUUUAAGUUUAGAAAGGCGUUUUUCUAGGAAGUGCGCGAUCAAGCUGAUUUACUUUCAGUGGACGAAUUAUGAAUUUCUAACUACAUUUUCGAUUAAUUAGGCACAUAGAAACGAAAUUAAAAUAACACCGUUUAUUUCUGUUGUUACUGAAGGUACCGCUUGUAUUUUGUUUAUAAAAUGACAAGCCCGUCAGUCGAUAAAGAAUUGCAGGAGAGGUUGAGGGAAGCGUCUGCUAUCGGGGAUCUGGAAGAGGUACAAACGCUAGUCCACAGCGGAGUUCAUGUCAACUCUCAAAAUGAAAUAAAUGGAUGGACUUGUUUGCAUUGGGCAUGCAAACGAAAUCAUAGACAGAUCGUGUCCUAUCUGUUAAGUGCAGGUGCUGACAAAGACAUUUUUACUUCAAAAGGAGAGACAGCAGCCCAGCUAACUUCAAAACCUGAUAUCAGAAAACUUCUGGGAGUAGAAGAAACUGAAAUAACAGAAACAAAGGAAUCAGAGUUGUCAAUCAUUCCAAACUAUCUAGCAAAUCCCCCAUUCCCUUAUGUUAAGACUGAAAUGACUGAUAUAUCAGAACCCCACAACGCACCCCACAGCGGAACGACUUGCAUAUCAGAAGAGUCAGAGUAUGACAGCCCUCCUUCUCCUGCGGUAUCCCUGGAUCCGAGCUUGCAUUUUGACACAGAUGCACAAAGUGUGAGCGCACACAUACCUGUAGCUGAACAGAACGGAGUCUCCCUGCAUCCACCAGGAGGCAUGAAGGGAACCGCCUCAGAACCUCACCAUGAAUACGCACAGCAGCACGUAACGCAGAACGGACCGUCUUUACUGGACCCCAACGGGAAUGCAAGUUCACCAGUCGCACCCACCAGACAACAGUCAAUACCUCAGCAGCUCAAUAGCAAUCCGAUGGGGUCCAUGCCAACGUUUCAGCCAUUCUUCUUCACUGGGGCUUUUCCGAUGAAUAUGCAAGAACUGGUGCUAAAAGUUAGAAUCCAAGACUCUGCAGUAAAAGAGAACGACUUCAUUGAAAUUGAACUUGAUCGUCAAGAACUGACCCUCCGAGCAUUACUCCGAGUGUGCUGUCGAGAGCUUGGUGUUAGUGUUGACCACGUGGAGAAGAUACGAAAGUUACCAAACACAAUGUUGCGAAAGGACAAAGAUGUUGCAAGACUACAAGACUUUCAGGAGCUGGAAGUUGUUGUCGAGAAAGCGGAACCCCUGUCUUUGUUAGGUAGACAAGCCUCCUUAACUGAGAGGCCUUGCUAUAAUAGGAAAGCUUCAAAGCUAACAUACUAACCUGCUACUGAUCGAUUUGUGUAAAUUACAUUAUUGUGUGUUUUGGGGCUCUGUGAAAGGCAAACUUCAAUCCUGUUUUAAACAGUGAAGAUUAUUAUUUUUUUUAAUCCUGUGUUGUUUUUACUUCCCUGUUGGUUAUCCAUUUAUGCUUUCUUAUUACAUUUCAAAGGAGUGGUAUUGCAUUUUCUGUCGGCUAUUUAUAGCAGUGGAUUACAAUUUCCUUUUUUUUUCCCCCCAUAGUGGUGUCAAUGAAAUAUAUAAAAUACUACAGAUAUAUUUUUAAAUUAAUACAAGAUGGGGUAGGAAUUUACAUCACAUUUGUGUGGUAUUUAAAAAGCUACAAGUAGGAUGUACUGUUUAAAGGGUGUGGUGGAUUACAAAAAAUAGUUCAUUUGAUUUGACUUUCGGCCGAGGUGAAACCAGCAAAACCUGUAGUUCCAUUUAAUCAGCUACCAAUCUCAUAUUGGUAUUUGAAUAAGUUGUAAACGGGUGGGGGGGUAACGAUACACUAGUGUCACGAGACAAUACAUAUCACGAUAUGCAGGUCAUGAUUGGAUAUGUAUAGGGCUUCUAGUUUUCGGAUUCUAUUUUAGAUGACGUGAUGUCCCUUUAAAUAUAUUUUGAGCCGAUUCACUUUCUUAAUCAAACACUAGUUACCAAAGGAAGUUGUUUCUUUUUACCCUCAUAUUUUGAUUAAACAAACGACGUGCGUUGGUCUCACCUGAUUCUAUUUGAACCUGCAUUUCGAUCUGUCUCUAAUCGCCGAAUGCAGUUUAUUAAUUUUUGCUGCGUUAGUUUCUAGUGGUGCCUCGCUAAUUUAAACAAUCUGGCAUUCAGUUAAGGCUUAACAUCUACUUAAGGUUUAAAGGGAGGGAGACUGAUGGAAAAUAAAAACCUAGAAGCCCUAGAUAUGUAAUACAAGACAUGUGUUGGGCCUCAUGGGCUACUUGUAUGAUGCAUAGUGAGAUCAAAUGAUCAUUUAAUGAUGGAACUAUUUUGUUAAAAAUUAAAUGAGAUGGGGAGAGUAUGUAUUCAUACGAUGCGUAAAACAUUGUGAACUACAGUGAGCUAUCGUGUGCUUUUUGGUAUCGCAAUACAAAAAAUGUGUAUCACUAUUGAGAUCCAGUAUAUCAUGUAUAGAAAGUUUAAUGAUUCAUCGAUACACAGUGAAUCGCUACACUCUUAAUAGACAGGUGACAGUACAAACACAUUUACUUUUUUGUAAAGUUUAGUUGAAAUCCCUGAAAAAAAGUUUCUGGUACUUCAUUUGAGGCUUUGUAAAAUAUUUAACCUUAAAAAUAUGUAAAAAAAGAGAGAUAUUGGAAUUGUUUUCUAAAAAGCACUAAUGCAUAUACAAUAUAAAAAGGAAAAAAACAGUUUUGGUUGGAAAAAUAUCCUAACAAAAUGUUAGCCGCCCCAGUACUCCCCUCGCCUCUGGAUCCAAACAAACAAGAAAACCCACUCAUAAAUCAUAUUUAGAGUUUCAAGGUUGUGUUGCUUCAAAUGCUAUUUCAAUUACCGUAUCCCUUCAUUUGUUAUGUUCGAAAUUAUGUUGCAUGGUUCAGAGUUCUGUGGCGCCAAUGCUGAGAAAUUUUAGACUUUGAAAAAACUUUUUUUUUUUUUAAAGCUAUAUUCCUCAUCGAAAAGAAGGAAUUAACAUCUUGAUUUCAAUACGUGAACAAUGAUACAAUGUAUUGGACUUUUAAAGUUGUUAUGUUAAUAGAAUAUGUAGGGUUCUUGCAUGUAUAAUAGUUUUAUUUGCUGUCAUAUAACUACUGUAAGUAUACUAAAAAAGCCAUAAAUACAGAGGUAGACAUUUUUUUUAUUUUUACUUCCCUGCAAAUAGGUGAUUUUUAUAAAAAUAUACAAGUAAAACAUAUCCUAAUCAUGCACAGCAUUUGUAUCAGAAGUUGAAAAUAGAAACUGUUGUUUUUGUCAAUCCUUUUACAUAACAUAACACAUCCAUUCUAAAUUUUUAAAUGUGGUUAUUUAUAUGAUUAAACAUGUGAAAGUGUUA